UUGAUAUAAGGCAAAGUCCCUUAUCUUAGAUGUCAUAGAAUCUUCAGUUAUAAGCUAUGUUCAAGAGUUGAUACAUUGCAUAUACUGAUCGUGUCGCGGACACCAUGUGGAAUUACAAAUUAAACAAACUACUGGCAUUGUUUUGUCUUAUCCAGUAUGGAAAGGCAGUGUCAAGGAUUGACCCCUUGGUUGAUACAAACGUUGGCUUAAUUCGGGGUGUCAGAGCAAGCGAUGGUGACUACGCCAUGUUCAUGGGUAUUCCAUAUGCGACUGUUGACGAAACCAAUGCGUUCGGGCUUUCCAAACCCCACCCUGGAUUUGAUGAAGCUUUUGAUGCCUAUGAUGAUACCGCAGUGUGCCCGCAAGUUGAUGAUUUUACCAAUGAACUAGUUGGAUCAAUAGACUGCCUCCGUUUAAAUGUAUAUGUUCCUAAUUCAGCAAGUUUCAGAAACCGAUUACCUGUAUUAGUUUGGAUUUAUGGUGGAGCAUUUAAGGUUGGAUACUCAGGGAGAUCUUGGUAUGGACCUCGAUUCUUAGUUAAACAAGACAUAAUUUUAGUUACACUUAAUUACCGUGUGGGCCCCUACGGCUUCAUGUGUCUUGAUGUACCUGAAGUUCCCGGAAAUCAAGGUUUAAAAGACCAGCAAUUGGCUUUGAAGUGGGUUAAGAACAACAUUGAAGCUUUUGGCGGAAACCCAGACCGAAUAACAAUAUUCGGGGAGAGCGCGGGUGGUAAGUCUGUAAACUUACAUUUAAUAUACGGUCAAGAAAAGUUGUUCCACCAAGUUAUUAUGCAAAGUGGUGUUGCUGAGACCACAUCAUCAGCAAGAGGUCCUGAUCCCUCAGUGCCUCUAAAAAUAUCUGAACAACUCGGUUUUAAAACGACGGACACCAAAGAAGCAUUGUCAUUUUUAUCUUCAAUUGACACUAAUUUAGUGAUUGCAGCAGCAAUUGAACUUAAUCUUAAAUACCAUCCUUGUGUAGAAAAAGAAUACGACAAUAUUGAAAGGUUUAUUCAUGAUUAUCCUAUCAACAUAAAGCAGCCGAAUCUUGGUAACUUACCCACUCUCCUAGGAGCCAACAAAGACGAAGGUCUUAUAACGUUUGGAAAGAAAACAGCCGAAGACAUUUCACAAAUCCCUAAUGUUUUUAAGGACUAUUUAAAUGAUAAUUUUAAUUUCGAUGCCGAAAAACUUAAUGAAAUGGAAAAAUUAGUAAGGAAUUUCUACAUUGGUGACGAAAUUGUAAGCGAAAAUGUCGUAGACGGACUCAUUCAAGUGUAUUCAGACUUGAUGUACCAUUACCCUGCGGUAAGAACCAUACAGAAAUAUCUUGACAAUGGUCUAAAGAAUUUAUAUUAUUACUUGUUUUCCUACGACGGUGGACGGAACUUCUUAAAAAAAAAUCUCAAUAUAACAGCUGCUGGAACGGCACAUGCUGAUGAACUUGGUUAUUUAUUUGACAUUUUCAUCAUGGAUAAGACCCCAUCUCCUGAAGACCAACUUGUGAUCGACCGCAUCACGACGUUAUGGGCCAACUUUGCGAAGUUCGGAAACCCAACUCCGGAGACGACCGAAAUCUUACCGGUGCUAUGGCCAGCAGUCACCAAAAACGAACAAUAUUAUUUAAAUAUCGGCGCGGACCUGACAGUCGGGAAGAGAUAUUUCAACUCCAGAAUGGCUUUCUGGGAUCUGUUUUACAAAUUAAAUAAAAAAGCUCAAAUCGGGUACAAAGACACUUCUCGAUAGUUAAGUCUAUGCUUUAAAUACUUUAUUAUUGUUAAAGUAAUUUUGUUUCUUAAUUGUUUUAUGUCAAUGAAUAAUUGUAGUUUUAUAUUAUUUUCAUAUCACGUACCAAUAACCAAGGCUCAAACUGUGCUUUUUCUGUUGUGCUAAAUCUUCUAAAAACUUCAGAAAUACCAUUUAUCUUAUACGUCAUUAAUAUAUUGCUAUGAUUAUUUGUCGUAUAUUAAAUACACAGAAUUUUAUAGUUGACUCUUUUCAAAAAAAUUGUCACUUAAUAAAUCUUUUUUUAAAGUAAAAUCUUUAGAGCCGAAGCUGUUUUGUACUGUCGCUGUUAUGAGUUUGGUCUUAUGUCUCUUGACGAGUGCUGAUGACACAUUUUAAAUAUCGCGUAGCCACGAUAAAACGAUUCUCACCUUGUAUAUUAUAAUCUUUUCGUUGAAUCACAAAAUACAUUUAUAUUGAAAUACAUCGAAUUAGAA